AUGCCGCCCACCCAACCCCCACUGGCGAAUAUCCUCCCCCCUCUAAUCUGCGGGACUGCGACCUUCAACACCCAAUAUAACCUCGAUCCUCUCGCGCUGCCAACAAACCAGAUCAUCGAGCGCGCCCUCUCCCUCGGCGUCCGCGCCUUCGACACCUCCCCCUACUACGGCCCCUCCGAAGAGCUCCUCGGCAAUGCCCUCUCCACGCCCAGCGUGCGCGCCCACCACCCGCGCCCCUCCUACAUCCUCCUCACCAAAGUCGGCCGCAUCGGCGGCGCCGAGUUCGACUACUCGCCCGCCUGGGUGCGGCACUCAAUCCAGCGCAGCCUACAGCGUCUGCACACCUCCUACCUCGACGUUGUCUACUGCCACGACGUAGAGUUUGUGUCGCCCGCCGAGGUCCUGAUCGCGGUGCAGGAGCUGCGGCGCAUCCGCGACACUACCGGUGCCAUCAGGUAUGUCGGCAUCUCGGGAUAUCCGGUGCCGCUGCUGUGCGAGCUCGCGGAGCUGGUGCUGAGGGAGACGGGCGAGCCGCUGGAUGUCGUGCAGAGCUAUGCGAAUUUCACGUUGCAGAAUACCACGCUGUUGACGCAGGGCGUGCAGAGGUUGCGCAGGGCUGGCGUGAGUGUCGUCCCGAACGCGAGUGUGCUGGGCAUGGGCUUGUUGAGAUCGCAGGGCGUGCCGGUGGGUGCAGGAGGGGAUUUCCACCCGGCGCCAAGCGAGUUGCGGAAGGUGGUCAUGCAAGCGGCGGAGUUCGUGGAGGGGCAAGGGGAACGCCUGGAGGUCGUGGCUAUCAGAUGGGGGUUGGAGAGGUGGGCAAAAGAGGGUGCCGUGGUGGGCGGGGUUGGAGGCCUUGGAGUUUCUGUGAUGGGGGUUAGUAAUCUGGAGGAAUUGGAAGAGACCAUGAGAGUUUGGAAUAGCGUUUUGGAUGGGUUACCCGGCAGAGAGGGGUCGGUGGACCAGGAAAAGAGGGAAUGGAGCAUACAGAGAAGGAAGCACAUUGCAAGCUUGGCGAAGGGCGUUUGGGAGAUUUUGGGCAAGUGGAAGGAUUACUCCUGGCCGAGCCCAGAUGAGAAUUAUGUGAACAUCAGGCUUGUGAAGGGCGUUACAGAGGGGAUCGUCUCGACACCUAUUUUACAGGACGAUAUGUCGAAGAUCAGCAGACUAUGA